GCAGAGAAACGCUCACAUCCGCAGCCCACCCUCUACUUGAACCCCGUUGUCCACGUUAAUCCAAACCACCUUUAACUUUCAUCCCGGAUGUACUCAACUGACUUAAGCAGUAACCAGGUGUUUAACUUCACAGAUGGCUGCCGGUGCCCACGUUCCCACAGGUUGGCUCUGAAACUCUGUUGUGCUGGGCUCGUCCUUCUUCUCCUGACCGUGGUUGGACUGAGUGUUUUAGUGCGAGUCUUAAUACAAAGGCCAUCCGUAGAAAAAUGCAGAGAGUAUAUUCAAGAGAGCAUAACUGAACUAACAGGGAAUCCAGGUAAGCUACAGUGCCCAAAAGACUGGCUUCUACACCGUGAGAAAUGCAUAUGUUUUUCUCGAGAUUCUAAUAUUUGGAAAGAAGGUCUAUCUGACUGCGCUAGAAAAGGAGCCACUUUGCUACUCAUUCAAGACCAAGAAGAACUGAGAUUCGUAAAGAACUCGAUAAAGGAAAGAGGCAAUUCAUUUUGGAUUGGACUAAAUUACUCAUUGCCAGACAAGAACUGGAGAUGGAUAAACGGCUCCACUUUAAGUUCUGAUGUAUUACAAAUUACUGGUGAAGCUAAAAUAAACAGCUGUGCCUCCAUCUCAAAAGACAAAGUGGUUUCUGAGGACUGUGCUUCAGACUACUAUUGGAUCUGCCAGAAGGAACCAAAAGUCUCUGAAACCAGGUGUAAUGACUCCUGAUAGUCAAUCUCACUUGGAUUACUUUAUUAUACAGAUCUCCACACUCACUCUGUCUAGGCUGUCAGCCCAAACAGUGUACAGUUGGUGACACAAAGCAUGGAUUCUAAAACCACUGUGACUCCUACAGA